AUGUCCCAGCGCCGGGACACUGAGUUAUGUAACUCUGCUGCUCUGGUUCCGCCUAACUAUCUGGAGAAAAGCUGGUCAAGUCAAGCCGGUCAGUCACCUGCUGCCCCUGCUGAUACCGUUCGCUGCAGCCGUGGCUCCCUAUCCCCAGCUAUUGAUCCACGCCACACCACGCCAAACUUGAAGCUCGGAUUUUCUUCAGAAGCCAACGUGCUUGUUUCACCAUCCCCCAUCUCAACUCGCUAUCCUCCUAAUCGUCAACUUUUUGCAUCGCCAACGCAGUCUCUUUUUCCCCCUUCCCUUGUCACCUAUUUUUUGGCUAUUUCUGCGAUCCGCAUCAACACCACGGCCAACCACCCAACUAAUCCAUCCUCUCACCCAGCUCGCUAUUUCUCUUUCAACGAACAACGCACACUUUUUCCUUGA